AUGGAACCCCUUGGAAAUGAAUCAGUCGAACAUAGCCUUACCAAUGCCAUUUGGGCAAAUAAGGCCGGAGAUGGUGCUGCAUCGACACGGUGUUUACAAAGUGCGCAACUCUUGAAGUGCUACACGGAUCGGUUUGCUGCAACGAGUUCUCUGUGUGACGAAGACGAGCUGCGGAGAACAGUUAUAAAGCUCAAAUCAAAUCCUUCGGCGACGAAAGAAUCAAUCAUCGCCUCUGUCGAUCACGAAAGCGCCGAAGCAGUCUUGGAGUGUGCUGUGCGAUUGAUGUUUAUGACAGCAUGCCGAACGCAAGGUACCGCACUUGGAAGCUACGAUAUCCAUGAAUGGAAGAUCGACGAGUCACUGGCAUCCUUUCUCAACCGUGUGUAUCCACAAGCGUUUGCUGGAGGAAUACCGGAGCAGUCCGUCAGCAUCGGAAACCUUACCGCCCAUACCCUGUCCAAAAACGCUGGGGUCAAUAUCGUAGCGACUGACACUUUGUCGGAUCAUCUAUCCUUGAUCAAAGGAGAGGGCUUCAAGACGUUGUUGGUCUUUCACCACCGUGCAUUCCUCGAACAUGGCCUCGAGGUACUCAAGGCCGACAAUGCGGAUCUGGGCCACACCAAACUUGAAGCUCUAUCUUUUGGCUGCUUGCCGUCUGAGUUCCUUUUAGAGACCCUCAGAACCCUCGACCUCGUGUUUCCUCCCUUUGGUGACAAGCGAUCCCAGCGAAUUCUACAGAAAUGGGUUCAACGACAAGAUCUCGACCCGGAUCUCCUCAAACCGUGUCUUCUCUCUCUAUAUCACUCGGCCGACCAGGAUAUACCCGAAGACCUUCAGGACCUGUACACGCAGUAUCCGCAUUGGGCCCCGAGGCUGGCCCGUCUGCUGAAAGAGGUCGAAGACCCGACACCGACAACAAGGUGGGAGCGCUAUGCGGAACGGAGGAAAUCCCCACGGCAUAUGUACAAGUGCGCUUUAGCCGCUUUUAUAGUGGCGGCAAUCUUCGGUAUCCUUGCAACGGUGCUGGCAGCGAUACAAGUCUGGAUAUCAUACUGCGCCUGGGUAGACGACCCGAUGAAGUCUUUGUGCGGGGCGAAGAAGACCCCAACUCCUCGACUUUGA